UUGUCUCCCUGCAGCUGCACUGAAGUUGUUGAUUUUUUUCGUGCCGAUGGAGCUCCUCCUCGCCAACAUCAGCUCCUCCAGGAGCAACGAGGCCCCUCAGCUGCUCCUCACCUCGUCCCAAACUAACUGCAGCCCCUGGGAUCCGCAGUGGGGGGCGCUGUACCUGCACAAGUUAACACACCUGGAUUUGCAGCUGUACCAGUAUGAAUUCUACUCUGUCUGGGUCUUUCUGAUGGUUUGCAACUGUGCGAUGCUGGUGGUUGGUGUCGUCCUCAACAGUCUGGCUCUGUUUGUUUUCUGCCGGACCUCCACUCGCUCCUCGGCCUCUGUGGUUUACACCAUAAACCUGGCAGUCGCUGACCUGCUGGUGGCGCUGUCGCUGCCCGCCCGCAUCGCCCUGUACCACAGCGGCGGCAGCUGCGUGGCCUGCUCUUACGUCCACACCUUCAGCUACUUUGUCAACAUGUACUGCAGCAUCCUGUUUCUCACCAGUAUCUGCGUGGACCGAUACCUCGCUGUCGUCCACGCCGCCAGCACUCUGCAUCGAUGGAGGACAACCGGAGCAGCCAAGUGCGUCAGCGCCGGCGUCUGGUUCAUAGCAGUUGUGGUGACCUACUCUUUCCAGACCAGCGCUUUAAAUUUCAACUCCUCCUGUGUGAGCCUCCCCACCCACUUCUACCUCACUGUCCUGGAGUUCCUCCUCCCCAUGCUGGCCGUGGUGGGGUUCACCAUCCGCGUCGCCUGCUUCCUCUCCUCGCGCCGCGGACUGAUUCCUCGGCACAGCAGGGCCAGGAGGAGUCGCGCCGUCCGGCUUCUGGCCACCGUCCUGGUGGUUUUCACCAUUUGCUUCACGCCGUUCCACCUCCGCCAGGUGCUGGUCUACUUCCAGGUGAGGCUGGCAGGAGGAAGCGACGGGCAGCGUGGGGCGGGAAACGUGCUGGCCUAUCACCUCACGGUGAGCCUGAGCAGCCUCAACAGCUGCCUGGAUCCGGUGGUGUACUGCUUUGUGACCGACAGCUUCAGGGGGAUGUGGAGGACGAGGAGAAGGACGGCGGCGGGGAGAGACUUGAAGGUUUCAAGCGGCGCAGAAGGGGAGCAGACUUCAGUCAAGAAAUGUCCGGGUACGGCCCUGGCUAUAGCUCACAGCGUGGCCGCACUCACCCUGAGCAGCACAGUGGCCUCUGCAGCCGACGUGGACCGGUCGGCGUAGAGAGAUGGAGCAUUCCUCACCAGAACCCGGGGAGAAAAACUCAUCCAAACUCAAAGAGAGAUCAAGCGGACGCCAUAAUCACCAUGGUUACAUGUUUUUAGGCUCAUUCGCCACUAAAUGGUGCUUAUUCUAGUAUCAGCCAUUAUUUCAAAUGAACACCAAAGUUCCCCAGACGUUCACCACAUUAAAACAGUACAAAUAGAGCAUUUUCAUGUGUUUAGAGAGCGUCUAAUUAGAUCAAAGAUUACUUUUAAAAUAAUGUAGGUUAUCUUUAAAUAUCUUAACUGAGGCUGGAGCAGGAGAAUAAAGGUUGAAGUUUGAAAGGAAACUCAGAACCCAUCUACAUUUACUGGCACUAAUCCAUAAGAAAAUCCAUCUUUUGUCAAGUCAGUAAGAAAAAAAAACACAUGGUAACAAUCAUAAAUAUAUGCCAAAUUAAAAUAGAUGUAAAAAC